UUUUUUCAGAUACUUACUUUAAUCAACAGAAGAAGGAAACACUAAAUCUCGGCGCACACUGGCUCGCCUACAAUCAUGUGGGCGCGAGUGUGGAUGGCGCUGACCAUCUCCGGCGCGUACUCGCAGACUACGCACACGAAAAUUCAGCAGAACGGUGUGGAUUACGAGUGGGGCUGGCAGCUAACGCCACAGGGAGACGGCACCGCGGGGCAUUACUAUCUCAGACUGCCACAGAACGAGCAGGAAGUUCGUUACGUGGCCGACGACACCGGCUAUCACGGCGCCGUCUCCGUGAAUACAGGCACACACACCGCGAGUAUUGCGCUUGGAGAACGCGCGCUCCAAUUUUCCAAUACGCAGAUUGUCUUCUUUCAGUUGCCGCUAACGACCCAACUGUACCAAGUAUCGCCGUCCAAUGACAAUCAAACCCAAGCACCCGCCACUCCUGCGCAGCCCGAGAUAUAUCUCCUUCAACAACAGUUCUCCUCCGGCGACCAACAAUUUCCACAACCAAAUGUCCAGUACACAAUACCCAACUACUACUACAACAACAAUGUAGCUACCCCCGCCUACUACAACAACAAUGUAGCUACCCCCGCCUACUACAACAUACAAACUCUACAUCCUAUCCAACUAAACGAACAAAUUAGUGAUAAGGUAACGAAUUUUGAGACGAAGCAAAGUGAACGCUCGAAACCUCUUCAAAACAAAGAGGAUAAUGCUGAGCAAGAUCAUGAACAUCUCACAACCAAUGUUGUUCAAGUCUUCAAGGAUCACAAUUGCACUAACGAAGAAGAAAUACCUAAGGAACACAAGGAUGACUCGCAAAAACCUACACGUGUUUAUGCUGAAACUCCUACGUAUGACAUUCGUAAUAUUAACGGUAAUUACGGUAUAAGAAGUACUGAGAGACCGUUGUCGUAUCGAGGAGCUGUCCAUUUCAAAGUUGAGGCUCCUCGAGGCAAUGCAAGGAGUGAAAAGUAUUAUUACAAUGAAGUAGCAUCUACAACAAUUCGCAGUGUGACAACAGAAGAUGAUCGGAUUUCUAGAUUAGUAGCUUCGACACAGGAUAUAAUAUCGAAUGAAGAUCUGCUUAAAAUAAAUUACGCCGCUGAAAAACAAACCAAUGUGCAUAAUGAUGACAUCAUCAAACCAAAACCACGAUUCAGCUUAAAAGCAGAACAAACUCGAUAUGACCACUAUUCCACUGUAUCACCAAAUACUCAAAGAAACAGAAUCACUGAAGAUACCCGAUAUGAUCACUAUUCCACUGUAUCACCAAACACUCCAAUAAAUAAAAUUAAUGAAGAAACUCAAUAUGACCACUAUUCUACUGCCCAGCCAAAUACUCCAAGAAAUGCAAUCGCUGAACAAACUCAAUAUGACAACUAUUCUGAUGUGCCAUUUAAUACUCCAAGAAAUAGAAUCACAGUCAGAGCUAGAAUACAAAACAUUGUUGACAGUGAAAUAGAACACUUAGAGAAUGACCAGAAGAAAGAGGAUGUUCUGAAAACAAAUGCAAAUCAAUACACGUUUGCCUCGCCUAUAGUUGUUCAGGAUUCAAAUUAUGAUAAUUUUAAAGACCAAAUUGUUAACAAUUUAGUUUCAACUAUGGUUCCGUACUUGCAAGAUGGCUACGAAAUUGUUGGAGUGAGAAACAGUAUUGAUGAGAAUUUAACGAAUAGUGAAGACAGUCAGGACAGACAAUCUUCUUCCGAAAACCUAGUCAAUGUAACGCCAAGACCUGUAAGCCAGAAGUAUCUUGCUCCUAUCACCGUUGCUUUAAGACUUUACAAUGCGAAUGAUUCUGGAACAUUCAACACUGUGGAUGAUCAUGAAGUUUCUGAUAGUGAAGUCGUAACAGAUACAGUGAAAGGCCCAAACAGAGAAAAGACUGUUGUCGACAUUCAGCAAUCCAUUCCUUUGAGCAUUACACACAUAAAUGAUGUUGAAGUACAUGAGUAUUUAGAUGAAGGUAGGAGUAAUGACAAGGGACCAUUAGAUUUUGCCAAGUCUUUAUAUAACACUUACGUUGACGCUUUGAGGUCUAAGGACUCUUAUGGGCAGAAGGACAACCGAAAUAACGCUAAUUCAAUUACUGAUCAGCAAAAUGAUUCUAGAGAACAAUUAGAACCAAGUGAAAAUAUUCAGACUGAAGUUGAAAUUAGACCCAAUGAAGAUAGUAAUGAGAGAAAUGAAUACGCAAGGCCUUAUUAUAACACUUAUAGCGUAGAUCAAGAUCACCCAAUUAUUCAACCGAUCAUUAUUGAAAAGGAAGUACCGGUUACUAAAUUCGUUGACAGAUAUAUAGAGAAAGAAGUACCAUAUCCAGAAAGAGUGGAGGUUGUAAAGCAUGUGCCGGUAGAUAGGCCGGUUGCUGUACCGGUACCAUAUGAGAAAUUCGUUGAUAGACCAGUUGAAGUCACCCGUUUCGUCGAUAAACCUUACCCAGUAGAAGUACCGCAUUUAUAUCCGGUGCAGGUACCCUAUCCGGUCGAACACAAAAUUUAUGUCGACCGACCGGUACACGUCCCUUAUCCUGUAGAAAAGGUUGUUGAAAAACAAGUCGUUCAUCAAGUCCCUGUACCUACCCCGGUAGCCGUGCCAGUAGGAGUACCGGUCGAAAGAAAAGUCUUGUACCCUAUCCCAAUAGAACACCGGGUCCCAUACCCUGUUGCGGUAGAAAAACCGGUUACAGUUGAGAAAAUAGUGCACAAAGAAGUACCGGUUCCAUAUGAAGUUGAAAAACGGGUACCCUACCCGGUACAUUACGAGACUAAAGUUCCCGUCCCUUAUCCGGUGGAAAAAAGAAUACCGUACCCGGUUGAUAGGGUUGUCGAAAAACCGGUAACAGUUACGAGAUAUGUAGAGAGACCGGUACAUGUCGAAGUACCAGUGCCACAGCCAGUACCGGUUGCGGUCCAUGUGCCUCAACCUUAUCCGGUUGACAGAUUUGUAGAAAGAAAAGUGCCUUACCCGGUCCCAGUUGACAGGAUUGUUGAGAAAAAAGUACCAGUUCAAGUCCCGUACGCUGUUGAAAAAGUUGUGGAAAAAAUUGUCGAAAAGCCUGUAGUUGUAACCAAAUAUGUUGACAAGCCUUACCCAGUUGAAAAGCGCGUGCCGUAUCCAGUUGAAAAAAUUGUGGAGAAAAAGGUGCCUUACCCGGUCGAAGUGCCGGUCCACGUCAAGGUUCCCUACCCGGUGGAAAAGAAGGUUGAAAGGCCGGUGUACGUGCCUAUUAGAGUGCCAUAUCACUUUGAAAAGCCACAAGAUUACUACACCUAUGCAUACCCGCACAGCACUGAGCAGACACAAAAUAUUCCCCGAUAUCAGCAUUUUGCCGAACAACGCAAGCAAGCGAGUCCAGCGUCAAAUUUAAAUCUUAAUGAAAUACAACACAAUUUCAACCAAAAGGCCCAACAAUCUUACGCUGCUCAAUAUAAUCAAUACGUAAAAGAUUUAAAAGAUAGAAAGCCUGCUGCUUCUGUGCAGACAACGCACUGGGGGAAUUUAUAUGCGUCGUCAUACCAAUAUAUCAAUAAUACACCCAAGUUUGAAAUCCAAAAGAACCCAGCACUAUCCAACUACAUGCACUAUUUAACCAAUAACAAUAACAAGCAAAAUGACUACUACGGUCCUCCGCCAGUUCGCAAUGAACAGCAGCAUUGGGGACAACAGAAUAACAACUAUUUUACCCCUAAUUCGGAACAACAGAAAUUGCGAAGAACUGACAGGACGCCGAAGGUAUCGAAUUUAAGGAUAGAAUAUGGGUUUAAGCCACCACUGAUCCCUAGCACUGAGAUUGAUCUAGAUGGUUUCCCAAUUAAGAAAGAUUAG